AUGGCAGAAUCAAUUCACAUGGAGCAAGAUUUAAUCAACAAGCUGGAACAAUUAAUUCAGAUCAAUUCAAAGCUACACAAUAUUUUAAGAAAAUUUGAGAAGAAGGUCAAACACACGAUCACGGAUUGGAAAACAAAUCCUACUGAAGGAAAAUUUAAUUUCAAAGAGUUGGUUGCUAUGGUAACAACAUCAAAUGCAGCAAUGUUGGAACAUAUAAAAAGGAUUUCUGGAAUAAAAAAGAAACUCUCUACCAGUUCGAGUAAGAGAAAUCCUGCAAAGUCUGUAACAGAAGAAAUGGCACCAGAAAGUCAAAGUUUUGAUCCAGAACUGAUGAAAUAUGCGUAUGUUUCCGGGUUGGAUGAAGUAGACGGUCUCAUCAAAACAGCUCUGUCAACCUUACACGACACGCACCUACAGACAGAUGAAGACAAGCCAGAGCUACAACAACGGAGAGACAACAACGUACAGGAACCAUGUGACAUUGACGUUAAAGUAGAAAAAAUUGUUUCAAUGCAAAGCGUAAUGUUAAAACUUCUUCAACAAAGAUUAGCCCCUAUUGAAACGCUGAUGCAAAAAUUUAAUCAGAACUUAACAACCAGGGAACAAAAUAUAAAAAAGCUUGAGGCCGUAGAAAAAGAUGUUUUAAAGCUAUCCAAUGAUGUAUCUACGAUAACACAAGAGAUGAAAAGUUACUCUGGUCAGAUGUCUACAUCACAUGAUGAAAGGUCAAGGAAACAGGACUUCAUUGUAAAGAAUGAAGCACAAAUCAAUGGAUCUCUGAAGGAGUACUUAAAAAGAAUCGAGACCCGUGUACGUCAGCCUUACGUCUGUCAGAUUCACCUGAGUAACAACAUACCUGUGUGUACCGGGUCAGUGAUCUCAACGUUCCACUCAGUUGGUGAGUACUACGGCAGCCAGUUUAACAGGACAACAGGCAAGCUAGUCGCAUCAGAAGACGGUUUGUAUGUGGUCGAUGUCACGCUACACGAGCAGGAUGACAAGCUGAUUAAGGUGGGCGUGUACAAGGGGGAGGUGGUGUUUAAAGACAUCUACGUCAGGUCCGCCAACACAUCGGCUUGUGGCUCGACCAUGGUGUACAUGAGGCAGGGGGAGGAACUCUACUUUAAAGUGAGGAAAGCUGACCCAGGGGCAAUGCUACAAGCAGCCAGCAGCUUUACUAUUGUCAGAUUGUAAAAUGUAAAAAAAAAAA